AUGGCUACAGCUUCCCAGAUGAAUCUGGAUGCUCUUCGGGAAGUGUUAGAAUGCCCCAUCUGCCUGGAAUCCUUCACUGAAGAUGUUUUACGUCCCAAACUUCUUCAUUGUGGCCACACUGUCUGCCGGCACUGCCUCGAGAAGUUAUUGGCAAGCAGUAUCAAUGGUGUUCGCUGCCCCUUCUGCAGCAAGAUCACACGCAUUACCAACUUAUCCUUGCUGGCAGACAACCUGACCAUCCUGAAGAUCAUUGACACAGCUGGGCUGAAUGAGGCCAUGGCACUAUUGAUGUGUCGGACCUGUGGACGGCGACUACCCAGGCAGUUCUGCAAGAGCUGUAGCAUGUUGCUUUGUGAGCCCUGUAGGACAGCAAAGCAUUCAUUGCCCAAACAUUCUGUACUCCCAAUCAAGGAGGCAGCUGAGGAACGGCGUCAUCACUUUGGUGAGAAGCUUGCGCAGCUACGGGAAGUGGUCAGAGAACUGCAGCUUCGGAAGGAGACUCUGGACAGGGUCUCCAAAGACUUGCAGUGCCGCUACAGGGCAGUUCUGCAGGAGUAUGGGCGGGAAGAACGGCGCGUCCAGCAGGAGCUUGCCCGUUCACGCAGGUUUUUCACUGGAUCCCUGGGGGAGGUAGAAAAGGCUAAUAGCCAAGUGGUGGAGGAACAGGGAUACUUGCUAAAUAUUGCAGAGGUACAGGCUGUGUCUCGUUGUGACUACUUCCUGGCCAAACUCAAACAGGCAGAUGUGGCUAUUUUGGAAGAGAUGGUAGAUGAGGAGGAACCAGAGCUGACAGCCAAGCUGCCUCAGGAAUUGACCUUGCAGGAUGUUGAGCUCCUCAAGAUGGGUCAUGUUGGUCCCCUCCAGAUUGGCCAGGCAGUCAAGAAGCCCCGGACAGUCAAUAUAGAUGAGCCCUGGGUUGACGAGAUUGACACCACCUCCAUGACAAUCCGAGAGAUGGAUGUGAGCCCAGAAGAUAUGGUUCCUAGUCCCCGGUCUUCACCUGCACGCCAGAGAAAAUCUGAAGCAGCAGCCAGUAUACAACAAUGCCACUUUAUCAAGAAGAUGGGUUCCAAAGGCAGCUCAGCAGGCAUGUUCAACCUGCCUGUCAGCCUCCAUGUCACCAAUCAGGGUGAAGUGCUGGUAGCUGAUCGAGGUAAUUUCCGUAUCCAGGUUUUCUCUCGCAAGGGCUUCCUGAAGGAAAUACGACGCAGUCCCAGUGGCAUUGACAGCUUUGUGCUUAGUUUCCUUGGGGCUGAUCUGCCCAAUCUGACCCCACUAUCAGUUGCCAUGAAUUGCCAGGGAUUAAUUGGUGUGACGGACAGUUAUGACAACUCUGUCAAGGUAUAUACUUUAGAAGGCCACUGUAUUGCUUGCCACCGAAGUCAGCUGAGUAAGCCUUGGGGCAUUACUGCCCUGCCCUCAGGCCAGUUUGUGGUCACAGAUGUGGAAGGAGGUAAACUGUGGUGUUUCACAGUUGAUCGAUCUGCUGGAGUGGUCAAGUUCAAUUGUCUCUGUGGUGCUGUACGCCCCAAGUUUGUUACCUGUGAUGCUGAAGGCACUAUCUAUUUCACCCAGGGGCUGGGCCUCAACCUGGAGAACCGGCAGAUUGAGCACCACCUCGAGGGUGGUUUCUCCAUUGGUUCCGUGGGCCCUGAUGGGCAGCUUGGCCGUCAGAUCAGCCACUUCUUUUCUGAGAAUGAAGAUUUCCGCUGUAUUGCUGGUAUGUGUGUGGAUGCUCGUGGGGACCUCAUUGUUGCCGAUAGCAGCCGAAAGGAGAUCCUUCACUUUCCCAAGGGUGGUGGCUAUAAUGUUCUUAUCCGGGAGGGACUCAUUUGUCCUGUAGAUAUUGCUCUUACUCCUAAAGGGCAGCUGUUGGUGCUAGAUUGUUGGGAUCACUGCAUCAAGAUCUACAGUUACCACUUAAGAAGAUAUUCUACUCCUUAGUGGGAGCUGGCAUUCUUCUCCAUAGCCACCCUUUCUCCUAGUACAUCUGUGGGUGUCCUUGAUGCUAUACUAAUGUUCUGUGUCCUGAUCCUAGCUGGGUAUGUGUAGAAUUCAAGAGUCAGUGUUUAGAAGUCCUGUUCUUUAGUUUGCCUCUAAGAAUAGAGCUUUAAAGGAUCAACUGGCAUUGAGGAUAUGGGACAAUUAGCUGUACCAGUCCCCUCCAAGAUUUCACCAGCUUUAAUCAUCUUAGAGACUAAGAAGUGUCUCACCAGCAAAUCCUCAUUGAUUAUCCUGUUUCUCUUUUGGAUCCCUGACUUGUUGGCUCAUUUCCAAGUAGCAUUCUGCCUUCUAACAAAGGUUUCUCUGCAUUGCUGACUGAUCUGCAUGCUCUAGUGGGUCUUGUACCCCCAGAUCCAUAUGGCUCUUCGGUAGCAUUUCAAAUGUAUCCCAGUAAUAUUACCUUUGGGUUCAUUCUCCAUCACCAAUGUGAAACAAAUCCAGUGCUCCCCAAGAAGAUAAAUACUACCUUGGGGGACUGCUUUCUGCAGGCCAGAGUGUUUUCAGCAUCUUAAACCACCAGGUUCGGACAUGAUUGAGAAUGGAACUGACUUUGUAGACCAUUAGAGAAAUCUAAAUUGAAAGCUGAUUGUCUUUUAAAGGGACUCAUAUUUUGAAACCUUGCCAAAGUUUAAAAAAAGAUUGGAAUCAAUAACAACAUAUUAACAAAUGAUAUAUUUAUUCAUGCUCUUCAAGAUGCUGUAGUUUGGCCCACCAUAGUUUUCAUGGGUCUAUUCACUUGUCGAAGAGUUUGUAAAACAAGGCUAAGGGCUGGGAAUGGAUUGAGAAUCAUUUUCAAUACUGGAAAACUUUGGUGGGUGCUUGGCAUGUAUUUCCCAAUGGAGUGUAAAAUAUUCAAUUUCAGGAUUUAUUUCCAUUCUUUGUAAAGCAUUAAAUAAUUGAUGGCAGU